UAAACCUGGAUAUGGACUGUUCUGAUGCAGUGUUCAAUAACUGGAAGGGUUAGACGGGAAGAAGAUGAGCUCCAAGAAAGUAGACAGGGCUUCAGUACUUGUUCUUCUGCUCAUUGUUGUGUCAGCGUUUUCGGUGUGCGCUGCAGGAGGAAGGGAGCUGGCGCAUGAAAAGAUGCACAAGGAGCAUUCCUCUGCUGCAUCUGUAAAGGGAGCAACAGCUUCAGGCGAUAUGGUUAAGACAAACGAUUAUGGGCGCUACGACCCGGCUCCCGCGUUUUCCAAGCCUCGCUUCAAGCUCAUACCCAACUGAUCGCCUUACCUCUGCUUUGUUUCUGUGUACUACCAUGGUUAAUUAACAACAUAUAUUAUAUAGGGGAGUGAUGCUAGCUAUAUGCAUCUGUAGAGUAUAUGGAUAUGGAUAAUAGAAAUAGUCGUGUACUGAUAUGUUGGUAACUUGUGUAAUAGGUGGCCUUGGUGCCUCCACUGAAUCUAUUCUGCUUCUACUAGUGUAA